AUGGUCGACCGGAAUGCAACUUCAAUCGGUCGGGAUGCGGGACCGCUAGACGCCAAUAAUCCAACAUUGGGAACGAAUCCCUUCUGGGCAUUUGAGUAUCUUUUUACCAAUUAUGAUGUGCUCGCCUUGGAAGAACGGAUCAUUUUGGCUCUCAGGGGUAUUCAACCCAUUUAUUUCCCCCUCCUUGCCAUUUUUACUGUGCCUGUGAACUCAGUGGCAAUUGUCAUCCUCUCCCGGGGCAAGUGUGGUCUCUCCGAGUGUGUCACUCGCUACCUGGUGGCCAUGGCGGCCGCAGAUCUGGUCGUCGUUGUCCUCGACCUGAUAUGGAGGCACAUCCCGAUGACAUAUCGGGACCAGUUCAGUUUCCUGUGGAGCAUCCCCGUGUGUAAUUUCCACGCCGUCCUGCUUUACGCAGACGCGGACUGUUCCGUUUGGUUCACCGUCGCGUUCACCUUCGACCGCACAUUGGCAAUUUGCUGCCAGAAGCUGAAAUUGAAAUAUUGCACAAAGAGAAUCGCGGCCGUUGUUCUGUGGACAGUGGCCCUAGUGAGCUGUUUAAAGAACAUCUUCUGGUACUUCAUGCUGACCGGCGAGUAUAAUUUCCACAAUGACCCCUUUAUUUGCAGGGAGAGGCCCGGUAUCUUGGAAUCACAAAUCUGGGCAGCGGUUGAGUUGAUUCACUAUAUCAUCACCCCGGUGGCUCCAUUUUUUCUGGUUAUGCUGUUCAAUGUCUUCACCGUUCGGCACAUCGUUAUGGCCAACAGAGCCCGUCGGAGGCUCCGGGCUCCCAGCAAUGGAGAGACCCCCAAAGAUCCAGGGAUGGAAAGUCGCAGAAAAUCCAUCAUCCUAUUGCUUGCUGUCUCGGGCAAUUUCGUCUUGCUGUGGUUCGUCUUCAUGGUGCAUUCAAUUUGGAACAGGAUGUACUGGUUAGGCUACCGGGUCAAGGUCCCACCUGAGAUCGUGCAGAGGACGGGCUACGUCCUGCAACACCUCAGCUGCUGUACAAAUACCGGCGUUUACGCCUUGACCCAGAGCAAGUUCAGACAGCAGCUUGGGAUGGCGCUGAUCUACCCUCUCACUCGCCUCGCACGCGUCUUCAAAUAG